AACGCUAGCCAAUUAAGAAUCGGAAACAGGGUACAAGGCCCGGCCCAUUAACGAGAGGCUUUGAUUAAAUUGGAAAAGUUACGAGGGUCAGGGAUCUUGUCAAACAGAGAGGGAGAGAGAGACAUGACAGUGACUGACUGACUGAGGUUGUACUUGCGGGCGAAGCAAACAGUGAUCAGUGUCAUGUCUUUGUCUGACUAUACGAUUUGUAGAAACAAGAAGCAAUCAAUAUACACACAUUUCUCUCUACAUUCUAGCAUGAAAGAUGUUCAUAGGGAGGGAGAGACUCGCAUCACAUAUAAUAAAGAAUUACACACGUGUGGUGAGGGAUCGCACGUGUGUGUGAACGGGAAACCUGCGGCGGAGUGAGUGAGAGAGAGAGAGAGAUAGAGAAAUACGUCAGCAAGCAGCUAAUUGUGUUUUGCUUCACGCAAAGCAUUUGUGUUUGUCCUUUGUAUAUAUCACAAAUCCGCUUUGCCGUUGCUUCCAAGCUUUACCCAUUAAUUAGUACAUUCAUUCUCAUUACUAUAAUAAUUAAUAAAACCCACAACGCUUGCUCGUUAUAAUCCAAUUAGAACCUUAUUAACUGAACCCACUAUAUGUAUAUAUAAGUCUAUAUAUCUUCAUUUACUAUCUAAAUCCGUACUAAUUCCCUACUUUCUAGGCCUUGUGUGAUAGCCAGUUCUAGAUUUUUAGUGGCAUUUACUAAAUCUUUAUCUCAAACCUAUGAUUGCUAAUUUAGUUUAUAUAUAUAUAGUAUUGAUUUGUCUACUUUUACAUUUACAAGUUAUAUGCUUUCAUUGAUUUUAGGAUCCCAUAUAUAAAUAAUUCUUUCACUUAUUUAUGGAAAAUAGCUAGUUUAUUGUGUGUGAGAUUCAACUAUGUACAGUAAAAUGAAACACACAAAAGGAAAACAAAAAACAAAAAUAUGCACAUAGAAGAAAAGAUGAUCAAGUUAUAGAAAAUGUAAUGAUUAUAAAUGACCCACCACCAAAAAAAAAAAAAAAUGACCCACCACCAAAAGCAAGACAUGAUUUUCUUGCCUGACACGAUCCUCUAUGCUCCACAUUAAGUACUUAAAAAAAUUUAUUCAUGAACAAACCUAUCUCUCUCUCUUAAACAUCUCUUUGGAUUGGAUAUAUAACUGUGGUCGACGACGACACUGCUUAGUGCUUACCCCAAACAAAACGUCUUCGACAGAAAAGAUGAGCGGAAGCACCACCGGCAGUGGAGGUCCGUGCGGCGCAUGUAAGUUUCUCCGGCGGAAAUGCGUGGCUGAAUGUGUCUUCGCUCCCUACUUCGAUUCGGAGGAAGGGACGUCUCAUUUCACGGCGGUGCACAAGGUUUUCGGGGCGAGCAACGCCUCCAAGCUCCUCAUGAUGAUUCCGGCCAGCCGGAGACUGGACGCCGUCGUCACGCUUACUUACGAGGCAUUGGCUAGGCUUCGCGAUCCCGUCUACGGAUGCGUUGGUCAUAUCUUCGCCCUUCAACAUCAGGUUAUGAAUCUACAGGCGGAGUUAGCUUACGUCCAAACUCAACUUUCAACCUUACAAGGCCUUCCUCCGCCGAAUCCUCAAAACAAUUCACGGACAGAAGCAGCCUCUUCGUCUAAUGCGCCACCCAUUUCUUCCGUCGAUAAUAAAAGCAAUGUGUCUUCCGCGUCGUUACACAUUCCUUGUAUGUCACAACAACAAGAAGAACAGGCAAAAGAAGCUAUUGAGGUCUCAACAGAGUCAGUGGAUCUUAGCACAUUGUUUGGCCUAGAAGAUCCAGUGGAUGAGGACGGUGAUCUGAACGCUCUUGCCCGUGAGUUCUUGUCUAAGUAUUUGACCGGUGGCAAAUGCCGUCCAUCUUCUCCAAUCUAACCAUGUUUGCCUUUGAGACAUUUAUUAGGAACUCUUUAUUUUGUACUAACCGGAUUGCUCUGUAACUUAAAAGGGGCGUUAAUAGAUUCUAUUGGAUUUGCACUGCAACUCA